GUGACUGCAAGGGAUGUUUGUGCUCUGUGCUAGCUUGUUUUAACGGUUUGUUGAUAAAUAUUAAGUUCAAACUACACAUAAACUUUUAUUUCUGAGUGUACACACGAAUUCUAGUUUGUGUUGAUGUGAAUUUAAAAGUAUCUCGUCCAAGAUGACGAUGCAGCAAGAAGUUGGUGUGUCCGACUUUGUCCUACUGGACAAUUUGACGACAGAUACGUUCAUCGAAAAUUUGCAUUUAAGGUACCAACACAACAAGAUCUACACGUAUAUAGGCGAAGUGCUGGUCUCUGUGAACCCUUACAAGUCUCUGGACAUCUAUGGCCAGCAGCACAUGGCCCAGUACAGGGGCCGGGAGAUGUUCGAGGUCCCUCCUCAUGUGUAUGCCGUAGCCGACGCCUGUCAGAGAGUGCUCAGGCAACAGGGGAGGGACACCUGUGUGCUGAUAUCAGGUGAGUCCGGUUCGGGGAAGACGGAGGCCUCCAAGUUCAUCAUGAAGUACAUAGCGGCCAACACCAUGCAGGUGCACAGGGAGUAUAUCGACAGAGUGAAAAACGUCUUGAUACAAUCGAAUUCUAUCUUAGAGACAUUCGGUAACGCGAAGACGAACAGAAACGACAACUCCUCAAGGUUCGGUAAAUACAUGGACAUACACUUCGACUACAAAGGGGAUCCCAUCGGCGGACACAUCAGCAACUACCUGCUGGAGAAGAGCAGGGUCGUCAGUCUGCAGCCCGGGGAGAGGAACUUCCACGCCUUCUAUCAGCUCUUAAGCACAAACAACCCGCAGACGAAAAAGUAUGGAUUGAACUCGAGUUCCGUGUACAAGAUUUUGGGCAACGAGCGUGCGACGGCACAGGACUCUAAACUCUAUAACGUGACCAAGAGCGCCUUUAAUGCUCUGGGCUUCCCGCCGGCAGUCGUCGACGAUAUAUGGAGCAUCGUAGCCGGAGUCAUCUUAUUGGGUGAGUUGACAUUCAGCGAGGGCGCGUCGGGCGAGGUGGUGGUGGGCGGGCCGGUGUCGUCGUGCGUCUCCGCCCUGGGAGUUUCACAGGAGUCUCUAAGGUCCGCGAUGGUGGGCAGAGUGCUAGCGGCGGGCGGGGACUUGGUCAGCAAGGAACACACCCUCACUGACGCCCACUACACCCGGCUGGCGCUGGCCAAGGCCGCCUACGACAGACUGUUCAGUUGGAUCGUACAACAGAUCAACGCGGCGAUAGAGGCGCCCUCAGCCUCGUACCGCUCCAGUGUGAUCGGCGUCCUCGACAUCUACGGCUUCGAGAUCUUCGACACCAACAGCUUCGAACAGUUCUGCAUCAACUACUGUAACGAGAAACUACAACAGCUCUUCAUAGAGCUGGUGUUGAAGCAAGAACAGGAGGAGUACUCCCGCGAGGGCAUCACGUGGACGCCGGUCCCCUACUUCAACAACAGAGACAUCUGUGCUCUAGUGGACGCGCCGCACGCCGGGAUCAUCGCCAUCAUGGACGAGGCCUGUCUCAAUCCCACCAAGAUAUCCGACGGUCAGCUGUUGGAGGCGAUGGACAAGCGCCUGAACUCGCACAAGCACUACACCUCCCGCCAGUUGUCUCCGCUCGACAAGAAACUCAAACACGCCGUCGACUUCCAGAUCACCCACUACGCGGGUCAAGUGACCUACAACAUCACCGGCUUCAUGGAAAAGAACAAGGACUCGCUGUGGCAGGACCUCAAGAGACUUCUGCACCGCUCCAGCAACGCCUCCCUCGCUAAAAUGUGGCCCGAGGGAGCCGUCGACAUACAGCAGACGUCCAAGCGGCCUCCGUCCGCGGCCAGCCUGUUCCGCUCGUCGAUGGCGGCGUUGGUGAGCGGCCUGUCCAGCAAGGAGCCGUUCUACGUCCGCUGUGUGAAGCCCAAUCCCGCGCAGGCGGCCCACCUUUGGGACGAACAGCUGGUCCGUCACCAGGUGUCGUACCUGGGCCUGGUGGAGAACGUGCGUGUACGGCGCGCGGGGUUCGCCUCCCGCCAGCGGUACGACCGCUUCCUCAAGCGGUACAAGAUGCUAUCUCAAUAUACGUGGCCCAACUUCCGAGGCUCCAGCGACAAGGACGCCGUCAUGGUGCUGCUCAGGGACCUGCACAUCACCGACGUGCAGUUCGGGCACACCAAGCUCUUCAUACGGAGUGCUCGUACCCUGCACGAGCUGGAGCGCGCUCGGUCCGAGCUGAUCCCCUCCAUCGUGGUGCUGCUCCAGAAGCUGUGGAGAGGAACCCUCGCCAGGCAGCGCUACAGGCGGAUGAAGGCGGCCCUCGUCAUAUACAACGGAUGGAAACGGUACCGCUUCAGGCGUUACAUAUCCGAGCUGCAGGCCAUCCUCUCCCGGCACCGUAACGUGAUCCCGUCGUGGCCGGCGGCACCCCGGGGGGUGGCGGUUCCCUUGCUGCAGGCGGCCUAUCGUCGCUGGCGCGCCUACCUCACCCUCAAGCCCAUCCCGAGGGACCAGUGGCCUCAACUCAAACUCAAGAUAUCCGCGGCCAGCGUGCUCAAAGGCAGGAGGGCCCAGUGGGGGGCCUCGAGGGAAUGGAGGGGGGACUACCUGGCUAUUAAUUCGUACAACGAUAAAUCAUCGUCGUACCUGUCGUGCGUGUCUAGUCUGCAGCGCUCGCAGUCUUUGGGCAAGCCUCUGUUCUCGUGCCGCGUGUUCAAGUUCAACCGCUACAACAAGAUGUCGGAGCGCUGCUUGCUGGUGACCGACACGUCCCUGUACAAGCUGGACGCGAGCUCCUUCAAGCCGCUCAAGAAGCCCACGCCCAUCACGGAGGUUGGCGGCGUGCGUGUCAUGAGCGGGGAGGCCCAGCUGGUGGUGGUGGUGGUCCCGGGCGCCAGGAACGACCUGGUGGUAGGGCUGGUGGCGCCCCCACACACUGACCUGCUGGGGGAACUGCUGGGAGUGCUCGCACAUACGUACCACAGGCUGACCGGCUCCGAGCUACCCGUGGAGGUGGAGAGCGGCGCCAGCACGAGGUGUAUCCUGGGAGGGAAGACGAGGGCAUUGCAGCUACCGCCGGCGACCACCAGCCCCGCCUCCCCCACCGCCACUCCCGCGCCCUUCACACACGCACACAACGUCAUCACAUACCACCCGGCGUCGGCGAGGGCGUAACCCGCGCCCGGCCCGUCCUCGGGGAGAGUGUAUUCAUAGUUGUGAUAUAUUACCGUAUGUGAGCGGUCGCCCGCGGCGCGGCGCCGGUACUUAAUAGCUUCACGUCUCCUCACUCGUUGCGGCGUGUGCGGCGCGUGCGGUGUACAGACAUCACGUGGGGUAAAAGAAAAUUAAUGUAAGCGUAUUUAACAUAACAAUUAUUUUUGUUAGUUUCGCGCAUAAAAUGAUGUUUUAUUUUUUGUUGUAAAUAAUUAACGAGCGUUUAAUGUUUGUAAUUUUAAGUUAUUUUUUUAUCUUAUUUAUUGUAAAUUCCGUUUUAUUCGCGAGUUGAUGGCUUCGAUGCAGUCAUCGAGAGCGUCGUGACUAGCUUUCUUUAGUUUCAAACCACUUUAGUAUUAUCUAUGACAGACGAAAUCUAUGAGGCGGACAGUAUGUCGGUCUCGUAAUGUAUAUAAAAUAAGUCGUAUAAUAAUAGGCGCCCUCUAUCGACGUUAUGAGUGGUUGUGGCGUGACCCUGACGAUGUGCCUUCAGCCGGUGCCGGUGCCAUGUCCUUUGUUUAAUAAACGGAAUAUUUAUUA